CGGAACGAGGAUAAUAAUUUUAUACAUGAACAAUUGGAUGUUUACGUUGAUGUAAAUAAUAGAAUCCCAGACGACAAUGUCGUUGAUAAUGUUUUAAAUCAACCAUUAGAUGUUAAUGUUGUCAAUAUAAAUGAUAGUAACAAUGAUGAUGGUCAUGAUGAAAACAGACAAAAUGGAGAAUUGGAUGAUCAUCUCGAUAUGAAUAAUGGAAUCGGGAAUGACAAUGAUUUGUUACAUGAACAAAUGGAUUAUGUGGCUCAAGGUGGAGAAGAGAAUGAUCAGGAUGAAAUCGAAGAACCUUUAAAUGAAAAUGAAGAUACCGACGAGAGUGAGGAUGAAGCAGAUGAAGAUGAUAGUGAUGAGGAGGGUGAUAAUGAUGAAAGGAAUUUCGAUUAUGAGCAACUGCUUUAUCCUGGAGCACCGUUAACAGUCAGCCAAAGCAUGUCGUUAAUAUUAUCAUUACUUGUCCGGCAUAAUGUUACUCAGACUUGCUUGGGUGACAUUAUCACAGUCAUCAACUUACAUUGCCUUCAAAAUAAUAAUAACGGCUUCAAAAAUAGUUUACAUAAAUUUCGUAAAUUUUUUUCACUCUCUAAGAAAGGGACGGUAAAAAAAACUAAACAUUUUUAUUGUGUCUCUUGUCAAAAAAAUUUAGAGAAUGAAAACGAUAUCUGUGGGAAUUGUGAGUUAAGCAAGAAAGCCUAUUUUAUCGAAGUUCCUGUCAGGCAACAGUUGAUUGAACUAUACCGAAGACCAGGAUUCUACGAGUGCCUGCAACAUCGUUUUAACGCUCGUUUGGAAGAUAAUAAUCACUAUACUACUGAUAUAUAUAAUGGAAGUCUGUAUCAAAGUUUUGUUGCAAAUGGUUUUUUAGCAAAUCAAGAUAAUAUUUCGUUAACUUGGUAUACCGAUGGUAUACCAGUUUAUAAAUCCUCAAAAGUUAGUAUGUGGCCAGUGUACUUAUCUAUUAACGAGUUACCAUUUGUGGAACGGACAAAACGUCAAAAUUUACUAAUGAUUGGACUAUGGUUUGGACCUCAAAAACCCAACGCCAACAACUACUUCUAUAAGUUUUAUAAACAAUUUAAAACUUUAUCAAGAGGUAUUAAUGUGACUGUGAGCACUAACGAUAUUAAAAAUAUUAAAGCUGUACUACUCUUCGGAACUUGUGACCUACCAGCUAAGUGUCAGUUUUUUAAUUUCACCUAUUAUAUGGGUUCUUAUGGUUGUCCAUCAUGCUUAUGGCCUGGUGAAACUUAUCGCUUAGGCGAAGAUGGCAAUUCUCACACUCAUGUAUAUCGAUACACACCGGAUCCUGAGAUGCGAACUUCAAGGGAGUGUGUUGCCUUUGCAGAAACAGCUCUAAAUGAAAAUUCACCACACAUGGGUGUUAAAGGACCGUGUGCUUUAUCUAAAUUGAUGCCUGAUUUUGUAGUUGGAACGGCUAUAGACCAAAUGCAUUGUGUUUUUGGAGGAGUAGUGAAAAAAUUGUUAUCUUUAUGGUUUGAUUCUAGCCACAGAGGCGAACCAUACUCAUUGGUCGAUACUGCGAAUAUCAUUAAUGACCGGUUAAUGUCUAUUAAACCACCUAGUUUUGUACAUCGCAUGCCUCGGUCAACUGAAGAUCUUGUACAUUGGAAGGCGUCUGAGCUAAAAAAUUGGUUCUUCUACUAUGCUUUACCAGUUUUGGAAGGAAUCAUGCAACGAGAAUAUUUUGAAAAUUUUUCAUUGUUUGUAGCUGGAAUUUCACUUCUUAAUUCAGAUUCAAUAACAAAUAAUGAUGUAAUUAUCGCUUGUAAUUUUUUACAUAAAUUUGUACGUGAAUUCGAGAUCUUAUAUGGCUUAAAACACUGCUCUAUCAACGUUCAUCUCCUCAUACAUCUGCCUAAAUGUGUGCAAGCUCUUGGACCAUUAUAUGCAACUGAGUGUUUCCAAUACGAAGAUUUGAAUGGACAAUAUUUGAAUGUUAUCAACGGAACUCGUCACAUCGAUUCGCAGGUAGUGAGAUCACAUAAUCAACAACUAAAACUUCAGAGAUUUUUUGAUGAGUUACCAGAAGGAAAAAUUAAAGAAUUUUGUAUGAAACACAAGCAUAAUAGUAAAAUCGGUGAACGAAUUCAAGAAAGUUGCUAUUCAAUAGGUUGCUAUAAAGUGUUCAAUGACAAUUACAUAAUUCCUAAUAAUGUUCAGCACGCCUUGGAAAAUUUAUUACCAGCUCAGAAAAUUUAUGAAUAUUUAAGGGAUCAGACUGGAUAUCACCUUGGAUCUGUUCUGUGUUUUGUCAAAUUGAGCUAUUGUGAGUGCUUAAAUUUACAUAAUUGCCCGAAUCAUCGCCCAUCUGUCCAUCAAGCCAUUGUCGAAAACAUUGUUGGUGAAAGAGUGUUUCUCGUCAGAGGUGAUCAUAAUGUACAAUAUGAAUUGCCAUACAUGUUUAAAUGUACAAAAAUGAAUAAUUUUGUAUCUAUUUCCAUCGACCAAUUAAUUUCGGUUUGUUUUGAAAUUAAAAUUGGGAAUGAUUUACAUAUUGCUAUCCCUGUUAAUUCUAACAGCAAUGAA